AUGCAUAGCUAUGGAUCCGAGUAAGUAGCUUCAUGGACUGUGCUCGUGGUGUGGGAUUAUUCAGGAGCUAAUGGAAAACUACCCAGCAGCAAUUUCCUUCAACACGUCCUCUUUGAAUGUCAACCCUCGAGUUGUUUUUCUUCACCAUCAGCUGGUGACACUGCAUGCGUGAGUUAUCCCUUGACAUGGCUGUGCAGUCUUAGAUAUGACGGAAAAACUGACACGAAAAAAUAGACAUUGGACAUCAGUGACACAGCGGAAGGAUUGACUUCGUACGGUUGAGAAUCCGGGUCAUUGGGACACUAAAUGUGAGUCUUCACUGUCAUUGCUAGAGAUGGACAACAGCAAGAAUACUGAUAGCUGUAACGAACCACGCAAGAAAACAGGCUCUGGUCGCGUGAAGUGCGGCUCAUCAUCCCGUGGCAGAUCCUCAACGGCGCGGUUCGGUUCGGUGACCAUCGCGUUGGCAGGUGUGUGCCAAUCUUUCAAAAGCAAAACGCAGGGCAGCAUGACUAACUGACCGGUUGGACUGUAACAUCACAGGGGACAAGUUUUCUCAAGAUGCCUUCCCAUUAUUCCCAAGUCAUCGCCUGCACAAAUCGUCGACGCUUGCAUCAUGGAAUGCUGACUUCUGGGGGGAAGUUGAGGUGCUGCAUCUCUCUGUAAGUAGCGGUCCUUGCCUGACUUUUAGACCCUGUACUAACAGUGGCACGGUGCAAGCGCAGACAAACAUGGGUCUUCUGGCCGCUGCAGACCGCAUGACCGAAACGGAACGGGCAAACGCACAGAACUUUGCAGAUUGGCUCUUAGGAGUUGGAGACGGCUCGGCGAACAAAACAAAAGACUCUGUCGCGCUCCCACGUGAGCUUCUCCUGCCGGCGACCACGAGGAACAGAUCCGGGUUAAUCAGACACGUGUAUCCCGUCCCCGCGCUCGAACUCGACAAUACGUCAAUAGGCGAAAAAGUCGAAUACUUCCGAGAUCGAGCAAUUCUGGCGCCCAAAAACUCGCAGGUGGAUCAGAUCAACGACAUGGUGCUCGACCUGCUGCCGGAUGACGCUCAAAUGUUCUACAGCGCGGAUUCGAAAACGAAGACGAAUCACUAUUCUCGAUCGAGUACCUUCAGAGUCUCAACAUCCCCGGGAUGGCGUUGCACGCUGCAAAAUUCAAAGUGGGAUGUCCCGUCAUGCUCCUCAGAAACUUGGACCCCGCCGCGGGGCUGUGCAACGGCACCAGGCUGUUGUUAACUCGGUUACACACCCGCGUGCUCGAAGCCAUCAUUCUCACAGGAGAUCAUGCUGGACAACCCGUUUUGUUGCCACGGAUCACGCUGAAGACAGGGUCAUCGGCUGAGCUUCCGUUCACUCUGCAUCGGACGCAGUUUCCGAUUCGGCUCGCAAUGGCUAUGACGAUCAACAAGUCGCAAGGCCAGUCACUCGCGCAGGUAGGAGUGUGUUUGGAGACGCCCGUCUUUUCUCACGGCCAGUUGUACGUCGCGUUGUCCCGAGCAACGAAUGUGGACGGUGUCAGAGUUUUGCUUCAUCAGACAGAGAAUGGAGAAGCAGACAAUGUAACAGAAAACAUCGUUUUUAGAAUGGUUUUUGAGUUGAUGAAAUGA